AGUAAGUGGCAAUUCAUCACUGCCAAUCUCUCAUCGACCUCACUAUUUCUUCACUUUAUUACAAACCUGUCGCCCCUCAGUCCUCCCCUUCCAAAGCAUACAUUUUGCGCGACUCUCUCCUUCGCAUAGUCGCCAAGAUGGGAGACUUACAACUGAAGAAGUCGUAUCACCCUGCGCUGCUCAAGAACCAGCGUAGGGUGUACGAGGAGGAGAAGGCCGCCCUAGAGGAGCGCAAGAAAACAGAAGCUCGCAUCCAAGAGAUAAAAGAGGAACGCGCGAAAGAAGAACUUCAAAGACAGCUCGCCAUCUCCGGUGGUCGCAAGGUGGUCGACCGCGUCGAGUGGAUGUACCAGGGCCCCAGCGACGGCCAAGGCGGAACUACCGAAGAGCUCGAAGGAUACCUACUGGGCAAGCGACGCAUCGACAAUAUCCUGACUCGAGGAUCCGACCAUGAAAACCUCAAGAAGACGGCCGGCGCCGACAGUUUCAUGGCCCUACAGAAUGCGAACACCGAGAAGGAUACGGCGGCGAAGAUCCGGGAAGACCCCCUCCUAGCCAUCAAGAAGCAAGAGCAAGCCGCCUACGAAGCCAUGAUGAACGACCCCAUUAAGAGGAGACAGCUCUUGGCGUCUAUGGGACAGACAGAAGAGAAACAAUCGUCCCGAAGGAAGGAAGAGAAGCAUUCUAGACGGCACAGACACAGAUCGCACUCGAGAGACCGCCGCCAUCGAAGGCAUCCUCGAUCCAUUUCCAGAGACCGAGACGAUUCAAAGGACCGUCGGCACAGACGCCACAGAUCCGACUCGGGAGACAGGUCCCGAAGCAGAGACCGACACAGCUCGAGGAAAGAGCGGCAUUCUGAGCGCUCCGAACGAAGGCGCUCGGUAUCUCGGGACGACCCCAGGGCCAAUGGGCGAUCGCGGAGGGAGCGAUCGCGCAGCCCGCGCCCUAGCGACAGCAAAGAGGACGGGUACCGACGACGCCGCGACUACUCGGACGAGUCCCCGCGGCCGCGACAGCGUCCCCACGCCGGCGACCGAGAAGACCACCGCGACCACCGCGACCGGCGGCCUCACCGAGACGGGCCCAGGAGCGGCGGCCGCCCCGGCGAAACCAGGGGCGCCGGCGACGACGCGGACGAGCGCGCGCGCAAGCUCGCGGCCAUGCAGGAGGCGGCGACCAGCCUCGACCAGGACCGCGAAAGGCGACUGGCCGCGCUGGCCGAGAAGGAGCGCCUAGACCGCGAGGCGGACAACAAGGCACGGGAGCGGUCGGGGAAACACGGCGACAGGGAGUUCGUCAACGGCUUACGAAGACAACUAAUUACGUGAGAACGUUGGUGGCGAAGGGGUUAAGCAACGCUUGCGGGGACAUGCGUUCAUCCACAUAAAGGAUUGAACCUCCGCGGUUA